AGGGUGCACGGACGGAGGCACGUGACGCUCCUCCGAACCAAGUGGAAUCGGAGGGGUAGUUGGCAUGUGUGGGGCGUGCGUUUGCGACGUCGCGCCCAGCGACGCGUCCGCGGCGGGCGAAGUGUACAGAGCAGCGGCAGCCUGGGCGCGACGAAGUGAUGACCCCUCGUUAAGGUGAAGCGAAAUCCAUCACCAUUUCCGCUCUCACCUCCACCGCUAGCGCGAGCGCGGCGGAGAAACCAAAGCGACCCGCGCGGGAGAGGCGAGGGCGGAGAGAGCGGGAUGGCGUCGGCGGGGGUGGUGGCGGCGGCGCUGGCGGUUGCGGCGCUGGCGGCGUUCUGUGGCACGGACCCUCUGCGGCUCGGCAGCAUGGUGGAGUUUCCCGGGUUCGAGGCGCACCACGUGGACCUCCCCGACGCCGCUGAGAUGCCAAAGCACGCGGACGCCCGCGAGCGGCUCCGCGGCGCGGAGGUGCGGUUCCGCGGCGAGGUGAUGGGGCCCGAGAGCGUCGCCUUCGACCCGCGCGGACGCGGGCCGUACACGGGCGUCGCCGACGGGCGCGUCGUCUUCUGGGACGGCGCGCGGUGGGUGCCCUUCGCGACCACAUCCCCGCGCUGGACACCCGAGCUUUGCGGGCCCAAGGAGUCGCCGCUGGAGUACCUCCCGAACGAGCACGUCUGCGGCCGCCCGCUCGGGCUCCGGUUCGACAAGGGGACGGGAGACCUGUACAUCGCCGACGCCUACUUCGGGCUGCUCAGGGUCGGGCCCGAGGGCGGGCUGGCCACGCCGCUCGCCACGGAGGCAGAGGGCGUGCGGCUCAACUUCACCAACGACCUCGACCUCGACGCCGAGGGCAACGUCUACUUCACCGACUCCAGCCUCCAUUACAAGAGAAGGAAUUUCAUGCAGUUGGUUUUCUCUGGAGAUCCCUCUGGGAGGCUUUUGAAAUACAACCCUCGCACCAAGGAAACGACAGUUCUAAAUCGCAACCUCCAAUUUCCCAAUGGGGUGUCCAUGAGCAAGGAUGGCACAUUCUUCGUCUUCUGCGAAGGAUCGCGUGGCAGGUUGAGCAGAUACUGGUUGAAAGGUGAGAAAGCAGGAACCGUGGAUCUUUUCGCCAUCUUGCCUGGAUUUCCAGACAAUGUGAGGACCAACGAGAAAGGCGAGUUCUGGGUCGCAAUCCAUUGCCGACGCAGCUUGUAUGCCCGGCUCAUGAGUCGCCAUGUCAAGCUGAGGAAGUUCAUGCUCAGCCUUCCUAUCCCCGCCAAGUAUCACUACUUGAUGCAGAUCGGGGGCAGGCUCCACGCGGUGAUCAUCAAGUACAGCCCCGAGGGCGAGGUGCUCGACAUCUUGGAGGACACUAAAGGAGAGGUGGUGAGAGCCGUCAGCGAAGUGGAGGAGAAGGAUGGGAAGCUCUGGAUAGGAUCUGUUCUGAUGCCGUUCAUCGCUGUCUUCGAUUAUGCCAAGGCAUCUUAGCCGCAUGGGUGAAAAACGGAAUAUGUGGAAUUCCUGACUACCGUUACACUUCUCUGAAGAGGAUGGUCGACCCCAAUAAAUUUAGUCUUGGAGCAUCCUAGAAUCGCUUGAUUGAUUUUUCACCUUUCAGUAGCAAAUGUAAUUCGCUCACAAGUUUUAGAUUGUCUCUCGAAUCUUUAGGAAUGAACACCUCAUGUUUCUGAGCCCAUAUUUGUCAAGUGUGCUCCUUGUGUUUUGAUCUGUUUCAACUUUUAUUUGCUCGAUGACGAACGCAGCUUUUGAAUUACAGUGAGAAGAUCGUUCUCGCCA